AUGGUCAACUUAUAUACAAGUGCAGCAGUGCUCACAGGAAAUGAGAUCAAUCAGUUAUCUGCAGCUGUGAUUCUUCUAAGAGUAUUGGUAUUGGCUCUAGGAUUCCUCGUCAUCGGACUUCACAUUCGUACAGUGAACAAAAUUUCGAAGGUCUUCAACGAAAUUGACUUGGAAGGGGGACUACAAGUUCCUAAAGAAAAGCCACCACAACAAGGCCCCUUACAACAGGGAUUGCCAGACCCAAGGUUUCCUGCUUCAAGGACUCUCGACAGCACUAGCAGGUCAAAAAUAUGGAAGACAAGAACGGAGAGGGAUAGAUCAGCGCGUUCAAAGGUAGGUUUGGGUGCCCGCAAACACAAAUACGUGUCUUCGAGUAUCUUCCCAGAUGAACUCGUUUUCAUCUCCGAGAGUGAAGAUUCCAUACGGGUGAAGAAAUUCAUAAUGGCGGGUAGAGAAGUCGUCAAAAAAGGAGUGCCUCCAAAAGGAGAGGAUGGAAUAAACUCCUGUGGAAACAAUGAAGUUGAGAAGAAAACUGACAAAGGGGAUCAAAGUGUCUCUGAAUAUUUAACAUCAAAUGAAUCAGAAAGCGAACUAUACAACUACCCAAAUGGAGCAGGGACAGUGACAUUUGAUCCAAGUAACACAACAGACAAGUUACAGAGAAAUCGUAAAUCUAUCUCAGAAAAUAAUCUGCUAAUCAGAAACAAUACAUCUCGCGGAGCUGGCCAGUUCCCGAAACAGCUUGUAACGAGAUCUCGUGACCAGAAUCAGGGGGAUCAGGAUAAUUGCCUUACUGUUUGAAAAGUCUACCGACAUACGCUCUGACAUACGCUAGGACAUACGCCCUGACACAUGCUCUGACAUACGCUCUGACACACGCUCUGACAUACGCCCGGACACACGCUCGGACAUACGCUCUGACACACGCUUUGACAUACGCCCGGAACACGCUCUGACACACGCUCUGAAAUACGCUCGGACACACGCUCGGGCACACGCUCGGACACACGCUCUGACAUACGCUCGGACACACGCUCUGACACACGCUCUGACAUACGCUCUGACACACGCUCUGACAUACGCCUGGACACACGCUCUGACAUACGCUCUGACACACGCUCUGACACACGCUCGGACAUACGCCCGGACACACGCUCGGACAUACGCUCUGACACACGCUUUGACAUAUGCCCGGAACACGCUCUGACACACGCUCUGAAAUACGCUAGGACAUACGCCCUGACACACGCUCUGACAUACGCCCGGACACACGCUUGGACAUACGCUCUGACACACGCUUUGACAUACGCCCGGAACACGCUCUGACACACGCUCUGAAAUACGCUCGGACACACGCUCGGGCACACGCUCGGACACACGGUCUGACAUACGCUCGGACACACGCUCUGACACACGAUCUGACAUACGCUCUG